AUGUGGGGCUGUGUGGCAGCGACAUUAUUAGCUAGUGUAUUUGUACUAGUUAGUUCAAAUCCACAAUGCAUGUCCGACUCCGACUGUGAUGGUAACCAAUGCUGCUAUAAGCAACCGAAGUUUCUGAUCAUGAGCAGACGACAGCUGCCAGACGACCUGAUAAAUCAUAAAGGAAUUUGUGAAAACUUCCAACCGAUGGGAACUCGGUGUAGUCCUUUCGAUAAAUUGAAUGGCCAUUGCAGCUGUGCCGAAGGUCUCACAUGUCGAUUUGUGGCAGCUGAAAAUACGACCCAGAGUAUUGUGCGCCGGAAGUUGUAUAUGCCAGGACCGGGAUCCUAUCGGUGUGCGACUCCUGAACAUUAA